AUGGAGUAAAAUUCUAUAUGAUAAUUUCAUUGCCGUAAAACUGAUAAUGGACGAGUGACAAAAUAAUGUCAUGCAAAUGACAAAUUUUUGGUACAACUGUUUUCCGCAUCUUUUACAAAAUAAUUGUUUUUUGUUUCAAGCACGGUUAUAUUAAAAUGAUUUAGUAUAAGUUUAAAGUUCACUCUAUGAAUUCGGAUGAAUUUUAGACGCAUUUUGUCGAAAAGUUCCUUGAGAUCCUCGUCAUCUUCGGGAAAAGGUCGUCCAGAGGAAGUCUCAAAAUUACAAAGUGAAGUAGAGUUACUGAAGCAAACAAUCGAUUCCCUGAAAGUUUCUGUUGAAAGUCGAGACGCAGCAAUAGGCACGCUAGCACGUGAAAAGGAAAAAAUAUACGUAGAACUAAAAAGUGCGCAAAGGACAAAUAGAAAUUUACAUCAACAGCUUGUUGAUGAAAGGGAUAUACAUUCUAAGGAAAAGGAUUUUCUCAUCAAUGAGAUUAAGAGAUUGAAGAAACGAAACGAAUAUGAAAUUAGUGCGCAAGAAAAUAAAGACAUAUCAGAAGAUCAAAUAAAAAGCUCAUUGCAUGAGGAAUUAAAAGCUAAAGACGAAGUUAUUUAUAAUAUCGGAGUUAAGUAUUUAAAGAUUAAGUCGAGCAAAAUAUAUUUUCAAAAGAAAUUAGAAAAAUUACAGGCCCAGAAUAAAAAGACCUGCGAGAAUAUUAUAUUAUUAUUACAAGAUAAUAGGAAAACGUUGGAUAGUCUUUUAGAUAAGUUGCUUAAAUCAUCCUCGGUAUCACCGAACAGUAAAAAAUACUUAAAGCUUUUGCAAAUAAAUGGCAAUUUACACUAUGAGAACACUCAACUGAAAAUUUAUCUCUCAUCUCAGCCAGACUCCUCAAAAAGCAACGUAGUACAACAGCACUCUGAGAAGUGUUGCGCUAUCGAUAAACCCAUUACGCUUGGAACGAAAUCUGAAGAGAAAAUAAAUCGUCUCUCGUUUACUUCGAAGUUAAAACUACUCAAUGCACAGGAAAUGAAUUGUCUUAAAAGUUUUAAGUACAUCCACAAAACUCUUUCCCCGAAAGUUCGAGGUACGAUUUAUAGGUCAGUUUCAGAUUCUUGUAUCGUGAGAUCGACUUUAAGUGAAUUAGUGAAUGCUAGUAAUAUACUUUAAAUCUAACA